AUGAACUCAGGGUCACUUCAGGCUAUCAGGCAACAGUUUGACGAUAGCCAGCACGAGAUGGUUAAUAUGUUGUCUCGACAAAUGGGGGAGAUCUUCAAUCCCUUGAUCCAGAACACCAAUGCCAAUAACCAAGAGUUAGUCCAUCAGAUGGGGCGUUUGGCAACUGUGUUAGGAGCACAAAACGAGAUAGCACCUCUGCCGAGGAUUGAACCAAUUCCACCGGUCGCAAUCCCAGCUCGCGGGCCCGUACAACCCUACCAACACAUAGGACAAAGCCCUUUAUUCGAAGAAAAUGAAGGGGAACAACCAGGGCCGCAGAACGUAUACAUGCACGGUUUUAAUGUAGCUUUUGCGAAUAGACCCCAUUUUGUUUCAGCCUUCACUGAAGAAGUUCUCGAAGCGGAACUCCCUAGAGGUUGGAAAGUCCCAAAGUUCACUAAGUUCUCUGGGGACUCAGGGGAGUCUACUGUGGAACACGUGGCGCGAUACCAGAUUGAGGCUGGAGACCUGGCCAUUAACGAAAAUUUGAAAAUGAAGUAUUUUCCAAGUUCUUUGACUAAGUUCGCGUUUACAUGGUUCACAACCCUUGCUCCUAGGUCAGUCCACACUUGGACACAAUUGGAAAGGAUUUUCCAUGAGCAGUUCUUUAGAGGGGAGUGCAAAGUGAGUCUAAAGGAUUUGGCUAACGUCAAAAGAAGGAAUGCCGAAUCCAUUGAUGACUACCUGAAUAGAUUCAGGAUGUUGAAAUCUCGAUGCUUUACUCACGUCCCAGAACAUGAACUGGUUGUUUUGGCCGCAAGUAGUUUAGAGUAUUCGAUUAGGAAGAAACUCGACACGCAGUAUAUUCGAGAUAUGUCUCAGCUCGCUGAUAGAGUAAGGCAUGUCGAAUUACUCAAAGCGGAGAAGAACGACGAGAAAGCUAAGACAACUCACAAGUGGCCUAAAAAAGAGAAAGUGGCCUACAUAGAUACAGAGUUGGUGUGUCCAACUCAGGAAAUCGACAUUAAUGACAUCAAUCUAGCUGAGCUCCAGCCAGGAGACCCUUGUGUGUGCAAGGCACUAAAGCCUUAUGAAAACAAGUUGGGAGAAGAAUCUCCCAAAGACAGUAUUCCUACUGUUAAAACUUAUACUUUUGACGUGACCAAAUGUGAUGCAAUUUAUGACAUACUUGUCUCUGAUGGUUUAAUUGUGUGUGUUCGUUUCAGUGACCUUGUUCAAGGAGCACUGGAUUCUGGUAGGCUCAAGUACGGCGAAAAGACUAAAGGCCAAGCAAAGGUCGACUCAGAUCCACUCCAGAAAGCUUAA